AUGAUGCUGAAAUUAUCCACCUUGCCACAAAAAAAAGGAAAGAAGACUUUCGCCGAAAUUUUUGCUGGGCCUGUACCUACUGCUUUCCAGUAUAAGGAACCCCCUGAGUUGAAAAAUGUGAAGAAGGAAACUUACAAGGCACAAACAGUAAUGCCUUCCACAAAUGAGACCUUGAAUGAAAUCCAUGCUAGUAUAGCUUUAACGGCUCCUAGACUUUAUCAACACUAUGGUAUGCCUGUACCUGCAUACAUAAGAGAUGGUUGGUUCAUCCAUUCUUCAAAAGACCAACAGGAUGCUCAAAACAAAGAUACUAAGGUCAAAGGCAACAAGAAAGGCAAGGGGAAACAAUCUUGA